CAUUUUUCUUGACUAGAGGAGAGGUACAGGAUUCGAGACCCCGGCAGCCCUGGUGAGAUCACAGCCAGAUCCCACUCCCAGAGGCAGCGCAGCAAGAAGCCAGCUCCUGGCACGAGGUCAGAACAGGACCAGCUACUCAGCUGACGAGGGCUGCAGCCCCUUUCGCGAUGGAGGGAAGCCGGCAGACGCGAGUGUCUCGGCCAUACAAGAUCAGCGAGUCUUCAAAGGUGUACCGCUGGGCCGACCACUCGAACACCGUGCUGCAGCGGCUGAACGAGCAACGCCUCCGCGGCCUCUUCUGCGACAUCGUCCUGGUGGCCGACGAGCAGCGUGUGCCGGCGCACCGCAACCUGCUGGCCGUGUGCAGUGACUACUUCAACUCCAUGUUCACCAUCGGCAUGCGCGAGGCUUUCCAGAAGGAGGUGGAGCUGAUUGGCGCGUCCUACAUCGGCCUCAAGGCCGUGGUGGACUUCCUGUACGGCGGGGAGCUGGCCCUGGACGGCGGCAACAUCGACUACAUCCUGGAGACGGCCCACCUGCUGCAGAUCUGGACCGUGGUGGACUUCUGCUGCCAGUACCUGGAGCAGGAGGUGAGCGAGGACAACUACCUGUACCUCCAGGAGCUGGCCUCCAUCUACAGCCUCAAGCGGCUCGACGCCUUCAUCGACGGCUUCAUCCUGAGCCACUUCGGCACGCUGUCCUUCACGCCCGACUUCCUGCAGAACAUCUCCAUGCAGAAGCUGUGCGUGUACCUGAGCAGCAGCGAGGUGCAGCGCGAGUGCGAGCACGACCUCCUGCAGGCCGCCCUGCAGUGGCUCACGCAGCAGCCCGAGCGCGAGGCGCACGCCCACCAGGUGCUGGAGAACAUCCACUUCCCGCUCAUCCCCAAGAACGACCUGCUGCACCGCGUCAAGCCGGCCGUGUGCUCGCUGCUGCCGCGGGAGGCCAACUGCGAGGGCUUCAUCGAGGAGGCCGUGCGCUACCACAACAGCCUGGCGGCCCAGCCGGUCAUGCAGACCAAGCGCACGGCGCUCCGCACCAACGAGGAGCGCCUGCUGUUUGUGGGCGGCGAGGUCUCAGAGCGGUGUCUGGAGCUCAGCGACGACACCUGCUACCUGGACGCCAAGAGCGAGCAGUGGGUCAAGGAGACGCCCCUGCCGGCCCGGCGGAGCCACCACUGUGUCGCCGUGCUGGGGGGGUUCAUCUUCAUCGCCGGCGGCAGCUUCUCACGGGACAACGGAGGGGAUGCAGCGUCCAAUCUUCUUUAUAGGUAUGACCCCCGCUGUAAACAGUGGAUCAAGGUGGCCUCCAUGAACCAGCGCCGCGUGGAUUUCUACCUGGCCUCCGUGGACGACAUGCUGGUGGCCGUCGGGGGCCGGAACGAGAACGGAGCUCUCUCUUCGGUUGAGACUUACAGCCCCAAGACCGACUCCUGGUCCUACGUGGCCGGCCUGCCAAGGUUCACGUACGGCCACGCAGGCACCAUCUACAAAGACUUCGUGUACAUCUCCGGGGGCCACGACUACCAGAUCGGCCCCUACCGCAAGAACCUGCUGUGCUACGACCACCGGACGGACGUGUGGGAGGAGCGGCGGCCCAUGACCACGGCGCGCGGCUGGCACAGCAUGUGCAGCCUGGAGGACAGCAUCUACUCCAUCGGGGGCAGCGACGACAGCAUCGAGUCCAUGGAACGCUUCGACGUGCUGGGCGUCGAGGCCUACAGCCCGCAGUGCAACCAGUGGACCCGCGUGGCGCCGCUGCUGCACGCCAACAGCGAGUCGGGCGUGGCCGUGUGGGAGGGCCGCAUCUACAUCCUGGGCGGCUACAGCUGGGAGAACACGGCCUUCUCCAAGACGGUGCAGGUGUACGACCGCGAGAAGGACAGGUGGAGCCGAGGCACCGACCUGCCCAAGGCCAUCGCCGGCGUGUCGGCCUGCGUGUGCGCCCUGAAGCCGCGGCUGGAGGACAAGAAGAAGAAGGGCAAGGGCAAGAGGCCCCAGGACCGGGGCCAGUGACCCCGCCCGCGCCUGGCCGCGGCCCCGACCUCGUCCCCACCGCCAGCUCCCAGAGUGUCUGUAGACCAGCAGCGCCUUCGUAGAACCCUGGAACCCUCCCGUACUUCUUAGCAGCUUUUUUUACUUUUAUGAUUCUUGGUAUUUCUAUGAUAUCACAGUAACCGAUUAAAUAUUCUAUAUAACUUUACAUAUUAUCUUGCUCGAGUAAUUAAACCUGGGCCCAGGCAGGAGCUGUCCCCUUCUGUCUGUGCAGCCUUCUUGCCACAUUACGAGUCCCCGUGGGUGCCCCCAGCCGUCCCCUGGAGAGUAGCUGGCACACAGGGGUCAUGCCGAAAUUUUCAUGGUGAAACCAGAGGCUUCGGUGGGACGUUUCGGACCCUCUAGUCCUUGCCUCCCCAAACCUGGCCGAGCUUUUAAAAAUACGGAUUCCUGGGCCCCAUCUCAGAAUGAUCACGUCUAAAACUACCCGGAGCGAAGGGGUGUCGCGUGGGGGGUGCCUGGAAAUUGUGUUUUAACGCGUUCCUGGAAGGGCUGAGCAGCAGCCGCCUCUGGGAACCGCUGCGAGGUCAAGCGCAUUCAUUCUAUGAGUGCGACACAGAGACUCUGAGAGGGUGAGUGAGUGACCAAGGGUCACCAGCUCGCUGGACAGGCUGGCCCGGGACUUCUCACCAGGGGCGUGUUCCCGCCCCUUGUUUCUGAAUAGUCCCCCUUUCCCUGGUUAGUGAUCUUCCCGAAUUCUAAAAGGGUAUAGGUAAUCAAGGAGGGAAGGAAAAAAGCCCUGAAGCUUUUUAUAAACAUUAUUCUGUGAUUUGUGCUUUUUUUUUUUUCUUUGUCUCUUUUUUUUUUCUGAAUCCACCGUUUCUUUUAUUACCGACAUCCUUGAGCACCACCGCCACCAAAUCUGCAUUUAUUUCUCAGGAAAGGAAAAGGGAGCACCCUAGCAUUUGCCCUUGUUUUCUGUGACUGCAGCUCUGAGAAACCAUUGAAAGCUCCUGCACGAAUGAGCAGGUGUUGAUGCCUAAGGGGCUGUGAGCGUCUCCCUGAGCCGAAGCGACGGAUCCUGGGCUCAGACGUGAAGUAGUCUGUGCAGCCGGGCAAAUUCUGUGACGAGUCUCGAGCUGUUUGCUCAUUCAUUAAGCGACAGGGGUAGAUGAAAUACUCGCCAGACUCCCCCUCCCAGGGGUCAGGCCCCUUCAGUCUUAUAAGCUGUUGAACUACGUUCAGCUCCUCCUGAGAUGCGCAGCCGCCCAGCGCUGAUUCCGCAAUUACCGGAGCAGGCAUUGAGAGCAUGCCCUGGAAGGAGCAUGGGGACUCCUGCCCGAGCCACUGUGUGACAGGAGGGUGACGGGAGGAGAGGAUGAGAUGGGCGGUACCCGUGAGCCGAGGGGGACGUUAUUGCUCUGUGCCUUGGCCAAGGUCUGAGUACAGAGAUGAGGACAAUUCAGGAUUUAUUAGCAUUGAUACUAGAACCCGUUAACUUAGUUUCUUUUUUUGUCUCUUCACUGUACUUCCUUUCUUUUUCCUUCAAGGUUUACUGUGUUUUAGAUUGGCCUGUUUCUAUAGUAACCAGGAAAGCUCGGAGCGACUUGGGUGUCGAAAGCUUCGGUACCCACAGUAUUGCCCUCCAGUGCGAGCUGGGUGAGCCGUCUGCGCAUUUAGCUAGCUCCCUGCAUAUGGAAGUCCCUAGAGGCUUACAGACUGUUGAGAGGUUCUGCAAGGCACGCACUAGAACCAAAAAACUGUACGCUCUUCUCAGAGCUCCCCAACGCUUGUGUGUGUUCAAGGCUCUGAGAAGUCCUGCAUUAACUAUGAACUUUCCAUCGACCCAGCGUCUCCACCUGGAACGCUUCUUUGUCUCACACCUGGUCCCGCCCUCCACAAAGCGUGUUUUGCAGAACUUCCACCAACUUUGAGAUGGCUUGCCCCCUUCUUGUUGCAGGAAAGGUUUCAUCACUUGAAGACCCGUUAUGAGGCGUGGAACCUGUGUGGUCUCUUCUCAGCUCAGCCCGAGUCACGAACAAAGAGGUGGUCGUUCAGCCAGAAUCCAGGGGCAGGUGGGGAGGAGCGCAUAGGACGGCGCUGUGCGUGCUGUGGGGAGAGAGAUGGCUUGGACCUUGAGAGGACAGCCAUCAAUUUUCAGCCUAAGCCAACUGUUUUAUUUUUGAUGACCACGGUGCGUCCCAGGAAAAGGGUGCGGUGCUGGCUUCUGUGCUGGUUUUCUUGUGCCUCGUGAGUUAUGUACGAUGUCCCGCCCCUAAUAUUUUGUGAUGUCUCUCCUGCCGCUGGGAAGGCAGCUCAUGAUCCACUUGGCUUAGAAUCUGAUAUUCUCGGGGUUGGGAGGGUUCCUUUAGAGGCAGGGUGGAUAAGUAAGUUUCCGCUUGUGAACCAGUUUCCAAAAACUGGUGGCUCCAUUGUGCUCAGAAAGGUUUCCCAGCUCGUUGGGGUCGACGGGAAGGAACACCAUGACCAAUGGGGAGUGUCUGCCUGGUCGCAGGAAAGCACAGAGGGGGUCCCAUGGCAGCUUUUUGCUAUCCGUGUUUUUAAGGUGGAAAUCACUCCGCUGUGCAGUCCAACUAAGAAAGGAAGAAAGUGGCUUUUAACUCAGAUGGCCAGAGCUUGGGGAUGCACUUAGGCAGGUGGCCGUCUGAACUGGAGAAUCAAGAUGGUGUGGCUUCAAAGCAAAGUGCCGCAAGCCCGGGCCGUGGCAGUGUGCAACUGGCAGGGCUCCCAGCUGUCCUGCUUGAACUUUGAGAACAUCCGCGUCGUUCUUUUAAUCUUUGCAAAUAAGCAUGGCGGGCUUUUAUUCAGGUUUUGGGUUUUUUCUCACUUUUAAAGAAUUAGAGUUUUAACUUCCUGUUGGUUGUACAUUUUGGGUUUGGUCGUCCCCCAGGUCGGAACCCAGUUUGCUUAAGACAUAAAACAAAAGGACAGAAGGGAAGGAGAGAGAAAAGCUGAAGAGCCCUUGCUACUCCCAGUGGUCUUUCUGCUGUGCGAGAUACGCAGAGAUUGUCUUUGCAGCCUGCUGGUACGUGGGGCCCAAACGGUGUUUUUAACAUUCUGGCAUUCUGGAAAGACCUCCCGGAAGGACUUCUAGUUCUUGAUCUGAGCAGGAAACCUCAUGUGUGUAUUUAUACUCUUAGUGCCCCCCGGCCCCUGGCUGAUAAGGUGACCUCACGGUGAUGCAGUAGGAGCCCCAGAAGCCGACCCUAAGGGGUGUCAGUGUCGGUGGGAACCCAAACACCAAAGCGGAGUGGAGCCCCUCCUCUAAGGUCCAGGGUCCCACUCCAUGAGUUCAGGUGAGUUGACCUGUGGUUCGAAGUACCUGGUCGCUAAGCCAGCAGUGAGCUUUCGGUGGUCUGCAGCAAUGUGGGAAGUGAGGGGACCCUCCCACACCUGCCCCCCUUGUAGCAUUGUCAGCCUUCAUCUUGACCCUGGUCCUCCAUGGCGUGCGGGCAGCACCAGCCUGAGCAGCAAGCGCCUCACAGGCUCUUGGCUCCAAUCUCAGACGGCUGUUCCCAAACCUGGAGGGGCAGUUCUGACCGUGGCCUGCCUGGACAUCCUCACCAUCUCUGGAUUCUGAGUGUCUUCCCAGGAGGGCAGGGGCGGGGGCCCGGCCUCCAGGACGAGCCUCUGGAGGGACAGGGCAGCUCCACGGCGACUCAGAGAUCCUGCCCUGUGCGUCUGCCAAGCCUGGCAGUUUUAAAGUUUUUUGAAAUGUUUUGAUACUUUUUGAUACAUUUACUAAUGACCAUUUUGUAGGUUGUCUGCUGGGGUUUUCCACCUCACCCCCUACCCCAACACCCUUGAGCUUGCACUAGACAGCAAAUGUCCUGUGGUCAGCACCAGGAUCUCGGCCACCUCGUGUGGCUAUCUUGGAUCUUGCUCUCCUCCGUGGCUGCAAUCUGACACAACGCUUGCGUUUUGUAAGGUCCCACGUGGCCGCUGACUGGGACCAUCUUAGGCCCCCAACUGAGCAGGAGGGCACUGAUUUGCCAUGAGGACACUGACUCCCUUAAGAUGGUCUGCCAUUCUUCCGAAGCUCCUACCUCAGCAGUGUGCACAGGGUCAAGAAGAUCCCUGAGAACUGAUCCAUAUACCACCUUUCUCAUGUGGGUCCUUUCUUGACCCAGGGCAUGGCUGGGGUCCUGAGCCACUCCCGUCCACCCCUUCUUUUAAGGACAUUUUAACAUGAAAUCCACAAAAGCUGUAACAGUGAACCGACCUGCUGUUUAUGGAAUCAUUGUCCUCAGCUCUGGAGCUUGUCCUCUUCUGUUCUUUCCUUUUUUUCUUACGUGGAUGGAAUCUGUAGCUUCUGAGGUCAUUUGGGGUCUCAAGAAAUUGUCUUUUGGUUGCCUUAGUUAAAAGAGUUGAAUGAAUGUACACAUUUUGCUGGUGGAGGGGGGCAGAUGGGGUAAACCCUUUUAUGUCAGUUUUCUUUGAAAAAAGGAACUCCAUUUUUUCAAAGUUACUUGAAGCCGUCUUUACAGGUUUGCUUGCAAUAGAGGGAAACGUCAAGUCCCCUGGAUCAAUAAGUUCAUUGUUACCACCAGCCCCCUUUGAAAAUUAGUAAGAUAUUUGACAAUGAUGUAAUUCAGUGGGUAUGUGCCGGCUACUAAUGUUACUGAAAUCUGUAACUGUACCUGUGUGUAUUUAAUUUGUUGCUUUUGUAUUUGUAAUUUUAUGACACUCGAAGCUUUUCUAUGUCUUACCUCUUUUUAAUUAAUUUUCUGCACGUUGAUUUUUUUUUCUUUGUUUUUAAUUCCACACAGAGUAUUCAGUUCUUGAAACACAUUAAAAUGAUUUGCCUGCUAGGGGAUAUUUCAUUUUAUAAUGACA